AAACAGACCACUUUUUACCAGCACAACGGAACUAAUUGUUCUUUAUACAGCUUUAAGACGAGUCUUUUCAACGACAGACAUGGAAGUGUUCACUGUCCGAGCAUCUCUGUUAACUCUUCUGCUGUAUCCACACAUCAUCAUAACAUGGACAGAUUACCAUACAGUAAAUAUUCUGGCCUACACAAGGGUGAUGGGAAACGGCUCCAUAGAUCAGACAGUGGUUGUUUUAGUAAACGACGCCAUAUUUGCACACUUUGACAAAGCGAACAACACAUUUGCCUUAAAUCCCACUGCAAGUGCUGGCUUUUCAGUUCUGGAGAAACGUGAAAGCAUUUUCUGCCUCGGAGAGGUGAAUAAGGGAUUUCAUCGACAAACCGAAUACCUGGAGAAACUUAAAAAAGAAACAAAAUCCUCAAAGACACUUUUUGUACGCCCUUCAGUCAUUAUGUAUGCUGAGUUUCCUGAAGAAGAAGGAAAAGCAAAUGUCCUUUACUGCUAUGCUACCGGGUUUUACCCUGGUGACAUUGAUAUAAGAUUUUUCCUAAAUGGCCAAAAAUCCACUGCAAAACUAGAGACAUCUGACCUAAUGUAUGGGGAAGACUGGACCUUCAGAGUCUUCAAGUAUAUGAAGAUCACCCCACAGACUGGAGACGAGUACACAUGUGAAGUCAGACACAGCAGCAUGUCUGAACCCAAAAUCACAGUGUGGAGGCCUGAGUUUUCAUCAUCGACAUCACAUCCAUACUGGGCUUAUACAACGGCUCUCGGGGUCAUGUUGGGCAUCGGGACAUCUACCCUGAUUUUGAAAAGAAAACAUUGCUCUCAACUUUAAAGGGUCAAUACUGGGUCCUGUUUUGUUCUCCCUUUACUUACUUCCGUUAGAAACAAUUUUUGAAAAGCAUGGCAUAAAUUACCAUCUAUAUGCUGAUGACUCUCAAAUCUACUUCCCUAUAAAAUCUACACUAUAAAAAUUCGGCUAAUUUAAAAGUAAACAAAAAUGUCAAUUACUUGUAAACAAUAUUUAACUUGUAGCAACCCAAAGAAAUUGAGUUGAUAACUCAAUUUUUCCACGUUAAUAGAGUUGUUUUGUAUUUUUUCACACACUGAGGUUUUUUGCUGUUUUUUAUACUGAUAAUAUGGAACACUACAUGUUUUUGUUUUGUAAAACAAUAAAAACCUGUUUUAUAUAAAAAAAUAUAUAUAUUACUGAAAAACAAAAA